AUGGAUGCAAUGGACAGGCAUGCCGUGCAUAUGGAUGUACACACCAUACGGUUCCUAAAAAUAACAAAUAAUGACGGCUUAGGCAGCGAUGAGGACUGGAUGUGCUCGGAAAGGGAUCACAAAAAUGAUGACACACUUGAUGUGAACCACUGGGUGCUUACUGUUCAUCAGUAUGAACAGUUAAUAUUUUAACAGAAUAUACACCAAAAUCGCG